CGUGCGUCAGAUUUGGGUUACUUUUUGUUUUAUUUAGGCUAUUCGUUUGGAUUUUAAAAUUUCAGAGAUUUUAUCAACCUGUUAGAUGCAACAAUAGAAGACAGUUAUUAUUUAGUAGCAACAAAUGGUUUAAUCUGCAAGGAUCUGAUCUCAGCCAUCGAGCAAAUCAUAAAAUGCCCAGUAAAUGUCUUGUCAAACAGCCCUACGACAGCCGUACUUUUAAAUCUUCGAAUGUGUUUUUGAGGAUUCCGGUCACCCAAGACAAGCACAAUGCACAGGAAAGCUUGAAAGCAACAGCAUGGGAGAGUCACAGAGGGACAUGGGGUACUGCAAUAUACGAGCACCCGAUGCAGAAUGCAACUCAUGAUGACAUGAGCCAACUCAAGAACGUAAUGAGAGCCGCUAAGCUGCCACCUUGCUCCUUAAAGGGCCACAGGCACUAUGGAGCUCUAGCAGAGCCAGUAUCGCUACUAGAGGGAAGCAUUGACGUAGUGCAGAAAGGAGCCGCUUCAACGUACAAGAAUCUUGUAGAUAGCGAGGUUAUGGGUCGCACUGCAACUAAACAGAGAUCAUUGAAUUCGGACUGGAACAAUACCGAGACGAUAAUGCAGCUUCACACCCAAGCCUGUCUCGAGUAUGUGACGAGCUUGCAAGUGGCGACCGGCAAGUCUACGAUGGGGAGCGAUUAUGUGGAACAUAAAACAGCUUACCUUUACCAACCCCUACCAACCAGUGCUACAAAAUCUGUCAGAACACCUUUCGCUAAGCAAAUCAAGAAACAACAGAAAAAAUACAACAAUCUGAUAAAAUCCUACUACAAAGAACUCUCCUCCAAGUCACCUCCUGCAGCACAGCCCCAAACAAAACGACCCCGGUCAUCUGCUAAAAAGAGUAGGUGCAGGUCAACAACCCCCAUUUCCGAGAAUACAAAAACAAUGCACCCCAGAAGGUCAAGAUCAGCUAUGUUGCGAGCUGUUUCCGAAGCUACAAGCACAAGUGAGGUCUCCUGCAGUCUCGCUGUGCUGCCCGCCACACAAUUCGAAACAUCUAAAACGAGGGAGCAGAGGGUGACAGCGAAAGUAACAGAUGCUGUGGCAAACAGGCAGAUGAACUUAAGGCGAUCCAAUCUUGCUGUCAAAUCAAAUGUUCAUCAUGUGCCACAAGUUCAAUACUUCUUAUCUGAGACGAGAGCAACACAGACAGACGGAGGUCUAAAGCAGGGAAUCAAUCCACGAUGGCCACCAUCCAGCCAGAGUGACAACCCUGACAAGAUCGGGAAUCCCUACCUAAGACUUCCCCUAGCUAUCAACACUCUCAUACAUACUUCUCCGGAGCAAAAGGAAGCUCCAAGCUUCACAGACAAAGGCGUACAGGUGUCAGAAAAUCAGAACCUCCCAACUGACUCUCCUAAACUACCGAAUAUCAAGGAUACCAGCUGUAUGAAAAGCCAAGCUCACAAAGAGUACAACAAAGAACACAAGUCAGAUUGGGUACCGAGGAUUUGGGAUUACAACUACCUUCUAUUCCAUUUGAACCGCCGUGAUCAAAACCCCGAUGGGACGAACCUUAUCAGCUGCCACGGUUCCCGCAUGAACGGGCUUAUAGGAUAAUAUUUUUAGAAUAAAUACACAGA